AUGCAGGGCGGUUACGGCAAGGAGGAGGCCCCAGAGGACCAAGGCUCCCGCAUACCGCUCCUCUGGGCCACGCUCAUCGAAACAGGCCUGUCCGAGCAGCAGCAGGCGAGUGGGCAAACGCUGGGCUCGGUCAUCUCCAAGCGCUGGCUGCACAUUGACCACCUGGGGGUGCCCACGCUUGUGGAGGUGGACAAGCACCGCAUCGUGGCUGAGCUUGGCAUCCGGUACCGCGACCUCCUGAUCCUGGACCCCACGGUGCCCACCCCCUCCCCCUGCACCCUGCUCAUCCGCGACCGCGCGCUGGUGGCCAACCUGGAGAGCGUGCGCAUGAUCAUCUGCAGCAACGCCGUGUUCGUGCUCAGCGUGCCCAAGGCCAGCGACGCGCGGGUGGCCGCCUUCCCCACCCUCGACAACCCGUUCAUCAAGCAGCUCUGCAAGUGCCUGCGCACGGGGAAGAGCACCGCCACGCUGCACGACCUCAACAGGCACAGCGCGUCUGCCUUUGAUUUUGACGCGCCUUACGAGCUGAGGGCGCUGGAGGUGGGCCUAGCCACCGUGACCAACAUCCUGGACCGCGAGGUGUUUGACCUGGAGAAGGCGGCCUACCCCACCAUCGACCGGCUCGCCAAGAACGUGAACCGGGCGGUGCUGGAGGACGUGCGGCAGGUGAAGCAGGUCAUGGGGAAGCUCAUCGGGCGGGUGCAGCGCCUGAAGCAGGAGCUGGAGGAGGUCCUGGAGGAUGAUGCUGACAUGGCGGACAUGUACCUGGCGCGGCGUGCGAUGCUGCUGGGGGAGCAGCCGCUGGCAGAGUCACUGGCGCUGGCCAUGGGCCGCUCGCCGUCUGCCCAGUCGUUUCAGGACUCGGCGGCGCCCCGCCUGUCGCCAGGGCCCAAGUCGUAUUCCGGCGAGGCCGACGCCGUGCAGCUGACGGCCGGCAGGCACGCAGCCAGGCCGCCCGCGUCCCGCGCCGAGCUGCCCCAAACCGCAUCCGCCUCCUCCCUGGCCUCCCACUUCACCGCCGCCUCUGCGCAGCACGACGGCCAGGCGGCGCGUCAGCCCCCUUACCCGGACGGCGGCGGCGGCGCCUACCCGCACCCACCCCACCACUACCAGGGAGGGGCGGGCCUGGGCGGCAGGGACGGGGCCCACUCCAGCGCAGCAGACCUGCACACACGCACCGCGCCCGAGCACCUGGGUCACCACACACACUCGCGCGGCGACGUGGCAGGCGGCAGCGGCAGCCACCACGGCGGCGGCAGGCGGCCGGGCGGCGGCGGCGCCACCGCCGGCAGGCAGCAGUGGCACCGCGCCAGCACGAUUGUGCGCACGGUGCGCACUCGGAAGAAGCGCAGGAGCAAGGGCCGCGGCGCCGCCUCGCCCACCUCACCGGAGGCGGCGGCGGCGGCAGCGGCCCUGGCGGCGGCGGGCGGGGAUGGCGGCGGCGGCAGCAUGCCCGAGGAUGAGGGCCUGCCAGAGCGAUCGGACUCGGCGCCGGCGGCCAUGGAGCACGUGGACGACGACGACGGCAGCGAGGGCAGCAGCGACGGCGAUGUGAUUGAGACCAUCAUCGAGCAGCCCGCCAUGCCGGCGGAUGCCGAGGACCUGCUGGAGAGCUACUUCAUCCAGGCCGACUACGUGCUGCGCCGCCUGCUGCUGGUCAGCGAGAGGAUCGACGACGUCGAGGACCUGGGUGAGCGGUGGUGGGGGGUGGCUGGCGGCGGCGGCAGCAGCAGAGGCGCGGCAGAGGCUGGGUCGCGCCUGGCGGCCCCCGCCGGGUCUGCGCCCGCCGCUGACGUGUAUUGA